AUGGCAUUUAUUAAUUCUGAUGCUGCCUGCCGUGUAACAACGCAAGAAGUAAUAAACAUUUUACAUAGCGAUCCUAAAUUAGGUUUAAAUGAAAAUGAAAUAUCAAAACGACGUCAAUAUUAUGGUCAUAAUGAUUUUGAAGUUGAUGACGAUGAACCUAUAUGGAAAAAAUAUUUAGGACAAUUUAAAGAACCAAUGAUAUUAUUAUUACUUGCAUCAGCAUUCAUAUCAUUAUUAUUAAAACAAUAUGAUGAUGCAUUAUCAAUAACAAUAGCUAUUAUUAUUGUUGUUACAGUUGCAUUUAUACAAGAAAAUAGAGCUGAAAAAGAAAUUGAAGCUUUAAAAAAACUUGUACCACCUAAAUGUACAUGUAUACGUGAAGGAAAAAGUCUACAAAUAUAUGCAAGAGAUUUAGUACCAGGAGAUUUAUGCAUAUUAGAUAUUGGUGAUCGUAUACCGGCUGAUUUACGUUUAACUGAAGCAAAUGAUAUAUCAGUUGAUGAAUCAUCAUUUACAGGUGAAACAAAACCAUCAGUUAAAACUAUUGAGCCACUCGUUAUUGGCUCAAAACAAACGUCUAUUAGUGACAGAAAAAAUAUCGCAUUUAUGGGUACACAUGUGCUUAAUGGAAAUGCUAAAGGUAUUGUGAUAUGUACAGGUGAAAAUUCAGAAUUUGGUAAAGUGUUUCAAAUGAUGCAACAACAAGAAGCACCUAAAACACCAUUACAAAAGAGUAUGGAUGCGCUUGGAAAACAACUUUCGUUUUAUUCAUUAAGUAUCAUUGGUUUUAUUGUUGUUGUUGGAUGGUUACAAGGACGACAUCUUCUUGAAAUGUUUACUAUCGGUGUUAGUUUGGCAGUAGCAGCUAUUCCUGAAGGUCUACCCAUUGUUGUUACCGUAACAUUAGCACUUGGUGUCCAACGUAUGGCAAAACGAGAAGCAAUAGUUAAAAAGUUACCUAUUGUUGAAACACUCGGUUGUGUAACAGUAGUAUGUUCGGAUAAAACAGGAACAUUAACAAAAAAUGAAAUGACUGUUACGAAUAUUUUAACAUCCGAUGGACAAAUUGCUGAAGUUACUGGUUCAGGUUAUAACAGUGAAGGUGAUGUUUUAUGUGGUUCAGAACGAAUUACAUAUGAUUCACAUCCUUCAAUUUCAAAAAUAGUCGAAGUUGGUGCUGUUUGUAAUAAUGCUGAAAUCGUUAAUUUUCAACUUCGUGGUCAACCAACUGAAGGUGCUUUACUUGCUGUUGCUAUGAAAAUGAAUCUUCCUCAUCUUCGUGAACAAUUUCAUCGUGAACAUGAAUGGCCAUUUACACAUGAAAAUAAAUGGAUGGCUGUUGAAUGUAAACCAAAAUAUAAUCCUAAUGAAACACAUGUAUAUUUUAAAGGAGCUAUCGAACAAGUAUUAAAAAUAUGUAAAAAUUUUAUAUAUCAUGGAACAACAAUACCACUAACUGAUGAAAAAGUACGAGAAUUUCUUGUUGAUGCAAAUCAAAUGGCAGCUAAAGGAUUAAGAGUUCUUGCAAUGGCUACUGGAGCAUCACUUGAUGAUUUAAUAUACGUUGGUAUGGUUGGAAUUAUUGAUCCAGAACGACCACAAGUUGAACAAGCUGUGUCACAAUUAAAAGCAGGUGGUGUUCUCGUUAAAAUGAUAACAGGUGAUGCUGAAAAAACUGCAAAAGCAAUAGCUUCUCGUUUAAAAAUCUAUAAUAAUACUGAUUUAAGUAUAUCUGGAGAAGAUCUUGAACGUAUGAAUGCAUCUGAACUUGAUAUUGCUGUUUCAAAAGCAUCGAUUUUUUAUCGUGUUAGUCCAAUACAUAAAUUAACUAUUGUUAAAACUUUACAAGCACAAGGACAUAUCGUUGCCAUGACAGGUGAUGGUGUUAACGAUGCAGUCGCAUUGAAAGCAGCUGAUAUUGGUAUUGCUAUGGGAAAAACUGGAACUGAUGUUUGUAAAGAAGCAGCAGAUAUGAUUCUUGUUAAAGAUGAUUUUUAUACGAUAAUGACAGCAAUUGAAGAAGGUAAAGCAAUAUUUCAUAAUAUAAGAAAUUUUGUUCGAUUUCAAUUAAGCACGAGUAUUGCUGCUUUAAGUUUAAUAACGCUUUCAACUGUUUUUCAUUUUCCAAAUCCAUUAAAUGCUAUGCAAAUUCUUUGGAUUAAUAUUAUUAUGGAUGGACCUCCUGCUCAAAGUCUUGGUGUUGAACCAGUUGAUCAUGAUGUACUAAAAAAACCACCGAGAAAAGUAACUGAUUCAAUGAUUGAUAAACGAUUAAUUAUUAAUAUAAUUACAAGUGCAAUUGUUAUUGUUAUUGGAACUUUAUGUGUUUUUUAUGCUGAAAUGCGUGAUGGAAAAGUAACACCAAGAGAUACAACAAUGACAUUUACAUGUUUCGUCUUUUUUGAUAUGUUUAAUGCACUUAGUUGUCGAUCACAAACGAAAUUUAUUUUUGAAAUAGGUUUUUUCUCUAAUCGAGUUUUUCUUAUUGCUGUCUUACUUUCAAUAAUUGGUCAACUGGCUGUUAUUUAUUUACCACCAUUACAAUAUGUUUUUCAAACGGAAGCAUUAAGUUUAUCAGGUAGGUAA